UGAUUGGCUGGCGGGGUGAGUGCGGCGCCACCACAAGCGUAAACUGCGAACUCGGGGCAAGAUGGACGAAGCAGCCAGUUUGUCGGGGCUCGAGGGCCAAGACUGGGCCAAAUGGAUCCGUCGAUUGGGCCGCGACAGGCCGGAAGACGACCUGAACGGAGUAGACAGUCCUGACGCCGGCGACGCCAAGCCGACGGCCCACUGCAAGCGCCUGCCCUUCAAGGACCAUCUGCUGUUCGGUCACUGUCCUGAGGUGGACCCGUUCGUGGCCGCUGUCUGCGAGCAUUGCAACGCAAUCGUCAAGAUACCCUUUCUACAGCAGCACAUUGCUUUAAGGCACAAUGGAAUGCUCAAAAAGUAUAAAACCAUCGAAGAAACGAAACCUGUCUUGCCGCCAAAGCAGUUGUCCCCUCCGACCUCAGUGAAGCCUCCAGCGGUUGCCGCACCCAAAGUGCCACUGCUGCCUGUUAUGGGCAAGCAGUCGAUUCUGGUGGCCGCGGCUGCCAGGUUCGCCGAAGCGCCCUUGUCUCCACCGGUGCCUCCACCUCAGGUUGUUGAGGUGGUCAAGGUGGAGAAAAGCCGGAAACGCGGACGAGCAAACAAGGCCUCAGCAGAUGCUCCUGAAAAGAGGCGGAGAGUGGAAACUGCUGGUGGUUACAACCCGGACAUCCAUUGCGGCGUCUGGAACGAGCAAACUAAGACAAAUUGUUUAAGGGCGCUCACCUGUCGGAUACACUCUCUUGUCCUGAAAAGGGCUGUGCCGAUGCGAACACGUUUGUUCGAUGACCUCCUAGCUCAGCACAAGUUGCAGCACAAAGUCAAGAAAGUGAGCAGCAAUCACCUGGACGAGGAUGGUGAUGUGGUGGUGGAAGAGGAAGAAAGCAUCCCGGAGGCGCCAAGUAGCACUGCGUGUCGACCAAAUGGCCUCACCAUCACCGGCUCAUUUGCAAAAGCAGAGAUCUCGCUGGAGGAAUUUCCCAUUGCACCCUCGGAGUUCCUUCCGCUCUCCUUUCCGAGACUCUCUGCAAGUGCCGAGGUCACCAAGAAGCCUCUGCUUGGUGACUACCUCAUCCCACACAAACAGCAACCUCCAGACCGAUGGAGUGUCGACUCCUCAACGGACUGCAGACCGCCUGCACCGAAACCUCUCAUGGUUUGCAACACGAGCAAUUUGCGCAAGUUUGGUGGUUACCUUGGUGUGCAGCGAGGACUUCAAGUAUUGCGGCACAAGUUUCAGUGUCUCGUGUACGCCAAAGAAAACAACAACGAAGAAAUCAAAUUUGACUACCUCGGUUUCCCUCCCGCCUCUGUCAACCUGAUGCCUCCAAUUAAGCAGCAACACCCUGAAGCCUCUGACAAUUUAGUGAAACGAAAACGCAUUCGACGCCGAGCUGUGGUUGCGCGGCGGCUUCGACUGGGCAAAGUCAAAUAUCGACUGAAGCUGGUCCGGCAUCGAAAACACAAAAACCAUCGGAUCUCGCCUAAGAAGCAACAGCAGUUACCUCAGCAACAAGUGCUUGUGAAUACAAAAAAGAGAAAAGCAGGGUCGUUCAAAGAGAACUCGAGUCUGAAUGGGACAAAACCUGGAGAGAGCCUUUUAAUGGCCAAUAGAACAGCGGUCGGUCUGUUGAGCUCCCGACCGCACUCAGCUUUAGGCGAUGCAGCCGCAGCCCACCCCUCCACUGCCUCCACAGCCAUCGGCUCUCAAAUGGAAGCGGACACACUUCGAGCCAACAAGUCAAAAGGAACCCUAAUCAGACUGAGUGAUUUGGCAGAACCGAAAAACCACAAGAAAUCAAACUUCAGUGGUAGCCAAACAAUGGUUACGGUUCAACAAGUUCCUCGAGUUUUGUCCACACAGCUCAUAUCCAUGCCUGGCGAGUCUUCGAGUUUAAAAUUUUUGCCGCCUCAUUCGAAGACAGCUCUAUUCUCAUUUUCUAAAAAGGACCACGAGAAAACAUGAUAAGGUGCUGACGAGUCAAGAUUGGAAGUUUGGUGGUGCUGCUUGCUAGAUUUAAAGAUGUACCCUGCUGCCUGAUUAACCCCUCAAUACCACUUGACCCACCUACCUGUCUCUCAAAUUCGGCAGAAAGCAGACUGUGAUCCAAAGGAAGCAAGGAUUGAAUUACAAUGAUGAAGAGAUGAAGAAAAAUAUGCACAUUUUUACUUAAUAGAGAGAAUUGCCAAUGCUGUAACUGUGGAUACACAUUAUAUCUAUAUUUUAAGGAGAGUUGGUCUGAAAAAAAUCUACAUACUGAACAAACAAGCAAUAUUAUAACACGAACUCUCAUUCAAUACUCUUGUACACAAGUGGACCUGGCCAACUUGAAAAACGCUGCUUUGGACAGAAGAGAAAGACCAACAAAGACUGUUUAGUGAUAUUACCUUUAAAUAUUAUUUCAGAAAUCUCGUUGUUUGAUUGGUUUGAACGACGUUUGAUUAAAAAUGAUGUUAAUAAAUUAUCAAAUUUG